AUGCAUGCGUGGGUCGAUCUAGACGUGGGCGAUUUGAGCUUCAAGGGGCGCACCAGGCGCUUCAAUGCCACCGCCGCCUACAAUCAGAGCAAGCUCGCUCAGCUGAUGCUGACGAACGUGUUGCAGCGUCGUCUGCCGGCCAGUGCGCGCAUUGACGUGGUGGCAGUGCACCCAGGGGAGGUGCUCACCAACGUGGCGCGCACACUCCCCAGGUUCAUCCAGGAGCUACAACGUGCCGUCAUGCACGCCCUGCUUCUCGAGCCCUGCCAGGCACCUAAUUCCAAAGUCAGUGCAACCCGUCACUCCCCGCAACCCAUGUACCAUACCCCGGGAGCACUGGCGCCUUUGUACUGCGCCACACACGCGGCCGUGGGCGAGCAAGCGAGGGCGGUGCGCGACCAAGGCUUGCUGUCCGGGCCCUACUUUGACCUGGACGGGCGGCGGAGCGAGGUGGCAGCGCACGGGCGCAACGAGAGGGCAGCAGAGGAGCUGUGGUGCGUGGCUCUGGACACCAUGGGGCUGCCUCACGACUAUGUGGAGACCACCAUCGCUGCACUGGCAGGGUAG